GGGCGGGGCCCCGGGUCUCGGGGGCAGGUUUGGCCGUUGCUGGUGGGUGGGGUCGGGUACGUUGGGCCCCGCCCCUGCGUCCUGAAACCUUCCGAGGCGCUCAGGGGGCGUGGUUCGUGCGCCGUGACGUCAGGACGCCGGUGCCUCCAGACGCCGCUGUGCGGGCGAGCGGGCAGCGGAGACCCGCGCUGGGACCGUUCCGACCUGAGGCUCGGAACCGGCGGUGCGAGAACAUGGGCGGUCAGCUGAGCGGUGGCCAGGGCGCCGCGGGGCCGCCGCAGCCCCAGCCGCAGCCCCAGCCCCAGCCUGCGGCGCCGGAGGACCCUGCUCAGCCCCGGCCAGAGCCCAGUCCCUGGGGGCCGCUGGACGACGUGCGCUUCCUCAUCGCGUGCACCUCCUGGUACUGACUGGCUGCCCUCCGCAGUUAGCACCCGCCGCCUCUUGUCGUCCGGCCCGCUUCUCCUGGUCGGGCCCUUGUCUUUCCCCACCUUCGCCCACCCUGGAGGCGCGCGGAGAGUCGGGGAGCCCGAGGGGGACUGGAAGGAAGCCUCCGCAGCCUGGCCUCAGGGCGCCGUGUUUCCUCCGGCCCUUCCCGCUACCCUGGAUCUGUUCGCUUCUUAGCCUGCACCCAGACUCGCUCAGACCUUCGUGUUCUUGCCCACCCCACAGUUUCUCCGGCCGUCUGGGUCCUGGGGCAGGCUUCCCGUCACUGGCUUCCAGAACCAGGUCAGGACUCUUGGUAAGAAGACCCCAAGGCUACUGACCUCACCUCACCUCAGUUUUUCCUGUCACCAAGAACUAGGCUCUUGCUUUUGUCUUGGUCAUAGCAUCUUGUGUCUUGACUUCAGAAAAGACCUUGCUGCAGUGAACCUGCCCAUCCAUACCUCUUCUGGGAGAGGCGCCAUCCUGGGUGUCCACCGUGGCAUUAUCCGGUUGUAUCACUGGGACCCCAGUCACAGAGGGCCUCCAGGGCCACCCUUUUGGAGAGAGAGGGCAUCUGAUUUUGGGGACUGGCAGAUGAGAUGUGUGGGGCAGCUCCCAGACACCCCAAAGUAUCCUGUCUCCCAGAAGCUUCUUUAGGCCACUCAGAACCUGAUCCCUGUUCCGACAGUCCAGGGAAAUGACACACUCUGUAUUUUUGUUUUAUUUAGAAAUGAUUUAAAAAACAUUAUACAAAGGCUGAUCAGUUUAAAAUGUGACUGACACUGAAAUGCUGUGAUGUUCCCCAGACUGAGGGGAAGCUGGGCUCUGGGGUCCCCAGUGCUUUGCCCCUCUGUCUGUCUGCCCUGUCCUGGGAUGAUGGACAAACAGAUGACCCCAAGGCAGGAGAAUCCAUGACUGGAAGCCUCCAGGCUGAGCCUUCUCUGGGCCUGGCCCUGCGUUCCUCACAUCUGCAGCCUGGGCUGCCUGCCUCCAUCUCCUGCUCUUUUUCAGCUGACCUCAGUAGUACCAGGAGCCAGUGGGGAGCCUGGGGGGCCUAGAGCUUUCGCGAUGUGAGAGCACCAACCUGAGGAGUGGAGAGGGACCAGGGAAGGGGAAAGGGAGGCCGAGGAAAGACGGAUAAAAGAGACACUUCAGAUCUCAUCUUGGACCCUGGAGGGGUCCACAGGUGGGCACCCAGUGCCCAGCAAGCCCACUGAAUGGCCUGGGCAACUAACAGCCUCUCUGUGCUGUGUUUGAGGGCACAGUGAGAGUUAUCCUUGGCCUCCCAAGGACUACAUGAAUUACAUGUGAGUGGACAGGGGUGAGCUAAUAAAGUGCUUUGCAAAGUAUAAAACACUGUACAAA